AUGUACAACGGAAUCGGACUUACCACCCCUCGAGGGUCAGGCACCAAUGGGUAUAUUCAGAGCAACAAAUUCUUCGUAAAGCCGAAAACGAACCGGGUAACCAAUUCCUACAGACCUUUCGAGGCUGAUCAAGGAACCGCCGGUCUCACCACCAAGAAACCCAACAAGGAAAUCCUAGAGCAUGACCGCAAGCGUCAGACCUUUAGGGCUGCUCUCGGAAUUGGGAUUUCCGAAUCUGGGCUUCCUCCUUUGCCAAGUCGCCCAAAGAAUAACGACGAGCGUGAACAUGCCUUUCUGAAUAGAGACCCGCCUGUUUCUUCUGCAUUGGAUGUAGAUGAUCUUAAGGUGAAAGCAGACAAGAAAAAAGCUCAAGUCGUUGGAGAUGAAGACUAUGAGUCGCACCACCGGAAAAAGAAAAAGGAUAAGAAGAGGUCUAGGCAUCGUGAUUCGGAUACUGAUACAGAUAGCAGUGUAGAGCAUUCGAAGAAAGCUACUCGCAAGAAGAGUCGUAAGGGUUAUGAUAGUGAAAGCGGUGAUUCUGAUGUUCAUGACCAUGGCAGGGAGCCGAAAAAAUCAGUGAAGAAGCGUGAUAGAAGCAGGCCAAAUGAUGUGGAUGAUAUAAAGGGUAGUGAAUAUGAUUCUGAUGCAGACAGGGUGAGAGGUUGUAAAAGAGAGAUUAUUAAGAAAAGUCGUCAUAGGCAUGAUUCAAGUGAGGAUUACUCUGAUUCUGAUGGUGGGGGGCAAAAGAAGAGAGGUGAAGUUCGAAAACAGAAGAUCGAGUUGACUGGGAGGCAGAGGAGAAAGAGGGACAACAUAGGUAGUGAAUCUGAUUAUGAUGCAGAUAGAGCAAGAGGACGUAAAAAGGAAAUAGUUGAGAGAAGUCGUAACAGACAUGACUCCAGUGAGGAUGACACUGAUUCUGAUCAUGGGAGGGAAAAGAAGAGAGGUGAAGUUCAUAAACGAAAGAAUGAGUUGACUGUGAGCCAGAGGAGAGAGAGGGACAUCAGCGGUGAAUCUGAUUCUGAUGCGGACAGAAUGAGAGAUCGUAAAAAGGACACAGUUAAGAAAGGUCCUCAUAGAAACGACUCAAAUGAGGAUGACUCUGACUCUGCUGGUAGGAGGGAAAGGAAGAAAAGUGAAUCUGAUUCUGAUGUAGAUAGAAGAAGAGAUCGUAAAAAGGAAAUAGUAAAGAAAUAUGGUCAUAGGUAUGAUACGGAAGAUGACAGUGAUUCUAAUAAAAGUGAUGAAAAAGUAGAAAAGGGUAGGAGAGGAGCUAUGAGACAUGAUUCUGAUGAUGAUGAAAAUUCCAAUUGGUCCCAUGGUAGAAGUGGCAAGGCUACAACAGCAGGAGGAAGGACUAUCAGGAGAUCGGUCUCUCCAAGUGAUGAUAGUGAUGCAAGUUCUAGGGACUCUGACAAAGACAGAAGAGGACAUAGAAGUGAUGAUGACAGUCGCGGUGUUAGAGCUAGUCUUCGAUAUCAAGAAGAAAAGGACUUUGCAUCUUCUGCAGCCAAGAAUGAUGAUAAAAAGAGGACUGAAUAUUCUAGGUCAGUUAGGUCUGGAGGAGAGCCAGACGAUGAGACUGGUAGACAACGUGGCAGACUUCAGAGUAAGAUAAGCAAACCAGAUAGUGAAUCUAAGAGAGAUGAUCGGGAUUAUGAAGAUGGGAGAGGUGGACAAAGGCAUGACAAGGAUGAAGAGGAACCCCAAGAGAGACAACAAGAAAGAGAUGAGAGGGACCAUAAAUAUAGAAGACGUGGAAGGGAUGAGGAUGAGCACCAUGGAAGCCGUAGAUACAGGGAAGACGAUCGAAGGAAUAAUAGUACUGUAUGGGAUAACGCUCAGUCCACUGAGAGAAGAUCACGUAGAGAUGAUCGAUGAUGAUGGUUGUGGCAG